UAGAUGGCCAGCGGAGGACCUUAGCUCAUCGAAAAUGUGGUCUCUGGAUGGAAGAAUGGAAGGACCACGCAAAGACAGGAGUGGAUAUGCAGCACAGGAGAGGCACAACAUUUAGCACUCUUACCGUAGAAGAUUUGCUUUGUCGCGGCACACAAACACAACAAGAAGCAGGAGUACAAGAAGCCUGCAGCACGGGAAGGUCUUUACGGCAAUAUCUGAAAAAGAUGCACGAGGUAGAGGCGUCAGCGUCUGAGCUCCCACUAACUGAGGAAGAGUUGGAUUUGCUAGAAGGACCUCCAGUAGAUCAAGAAGGCUCUCUACAGCCGCAAGCACCUCCCCAAGACCAUGAUUGGCUUUUAGUGAGCUUUGAGCAAGUGCAGAAGAUGACUGCGCACAAUCGACG